AUGGCAGCAAAGGAGCAGGGAGACGUAAACCUCAUUGAGGCCGCGAAGCGCGCGGCGUGUCAGCAGGCCGUGAAGGACAACUUUUCUCCGAGCUUCAAAUAUGUGGGAAUUGGGAGCGGGAGCACGAUAGCCUACGUCGUGGAGACCAUCGCGGCCCUGGGGCCCGAGGUGUCGGCCCACAUGAAGUUCGUGCCGACGGGCGCAGGCUCGACGAAGCUGAUUCGGGAUGCUGGGUUGACAGUGCUUCAAGUACCAGAGUUGCUGAAUGAGCACCUCGACAUCUACUUCGAUGGCGCUGACGAGGUCGACGCCGAGCUGAAUUGCAUCAAGGGCGGCGGCGCAUGUCUGUUCCAGGAGAAGGUGGUGUCUCGGCUGUCCAAGAAAUUCAUCUGUGUCGCCGACACUCGCAAGAAGGCCGACCGGCUGCUCAGCAAAUGGGCCUAUGUCCCUGUCGAGGUGUCGCCCAUAGCUGCCGAGCUUGUGCGCCAAGAGCUCAUUGAGCUAGGGAGCAAAGACCCGGUCAUUCGCUUUGCCCCCACGACGACUACAUACCUACUCACUGAUAAUCACAACUACAUAAUUGAUGCACCCUUUCCCACGCUGCUGCUGAAUAGUCAGGCGGAGCUCAUCGACCCGGCAAAGGGCCUCUGGACCCCUAAUGCAUUGACGGCCAAGAUCCGUGGCAUAUUGGGUGUUUUGGAGGUAGGCAUUUUCUCGGGCCUGACCGGUCCACAGGCCACCGCGGCUGGUUCAGAUGUAGAAGGCGUCAAGCCCGUCAAGAUCUAUUUCGGUAAGACGGAUGGGGGAUUUGAGACUCAGGAGUGA